AUGGCGGUGACAGGCUUUCUCUUGGCGUAUUCAGGUGACUCCAUCCCCGAUCACGUUCCCCAGGAACACCGUCAACACCCUGCGAAUCUCCUCCUAGAUCAGGCCGGAGAUUCGCUUUAUUCCACGGCGGGCCAGGCGGAUAGCAUUGCUGUUAGUAUUGGCAACCAAAGUUUGGGCGCAGACAAACGGGGACAGUCUGUUACCCUCUCUCCAAAACUGGCAGCACAGUGUGGAUUUAGUUUAACCGUGGAUUUCUGGGGAAAUGCUAAAUUCCUUGCUUCUGUCCUAAGCUGCUAUGCUCAAAACACGAAUGAUGAAACGUAUACACUUACGGUAAGAAUUGGCGUGUCUCCAAAUAGCGAUAUGUCUUCAGCUUCAUCAUACGUGCAGACAAUGACGUGCCCUUAUUUCCCAUGGGCAACGAGGGAAAUUCUAUGUGAACGAAACUACAUGGAGGUAUCUGUUAGGAGAGGAGUGCCACUAAUUGAAUCUAGCUUUGCUCAAGAUCAACCUGAGGAUUGGUCCAACAUACAAAUUGAGGCAGCUGCUGCUGAGAACUCAGUCUGGCAGGUAGUGUUCCAUCGCUCAGAAAAGAAAUCUAUGACUGUUGCUCAGGCCAUAUCAAAUGGCUAUGGAAUAAGCACUACACCUACCCGAAUAUUGCUUAGAGCUGCAUACAAUGCAACUGAAAUGCAACUUCAGGAGGUGAGUUCUGUGCCAGUAGCGGUCAUAAGGUCAACUACCUUCUAUAAGAAGAGAUGGAUGCUCAUGAUGGUGGAUACUGCAAUUGCAUGCCCUAUUCAUGAUACCUCGUUCACGGAAGAUAUGAUUACGUGGAAAGUUCCACGAGUCCUUACACCGCUUGUUUCUGCAACACCCAUUAAGGACCUGAAUGUUCAAAUGGGAAUUGAUGGUCAAAAGCUUAACCCUGAAACAGUUGAGGAAAGAGAAUAUAAACUGGAUGUUGGUCCCAAUCUCAUCACAGUUCAAAUUCCUGUGGGAGCAGAUGGUGGUUAUUACAAGAGCCAUGUGUUGAACAAAACAUAUGGAAUUACAUUUUGUAUUGAACCAAUGCUUGAGCAUAUCUGGCAAGAUGAGGUGUAUGAUGAAACUAAGUACACAAUACUUCACCCAGUAACAACUCCUUUCAUGCCUCGGCCACCUCGUGUCACAAACAACACUGUUCCAAAGGACCACCUUUUCAAUGUGACCCUGGGGACAUUCCUGCCCGAUGUGGAGCUUGUACAAAUUAUAGUUGGACAAGAGACUCUAACUCUGCCAGACGCAAACCUGAAAGGGUAUAAUGUCCAGGAACACGACUUUCCCAAUGGAUCAAAGACCUACAGUCUCCAGGUGCCAUUUGAGGACCCCAAUGUACAUCCAGAGCCAACCUCUCCAGACACCAGAGUAUUCACUCUAUCCAUCACCUAUGUGCUGAAUGUUGUGCCAGAGGAUAUCCACUUUACCCAUCCAGCAGAAGUUGUUGCCACAGUUAAAAAUAUUAUUCCACCUACAGUAACUGGCUAUUGUGACAUUGCCCAGUUCUAUAUCCAGGUAACAUAUGGCAACCUGGGUCGCAACUGGAUUCCUUUUGUGGGGUCAAUGGAACUUUCUGGUGAUCUGCUUGCCCAGUACAACUAUAGUGACAACGCUACUAACUUCUGGAUUACUGUGCCAUACAAUUCGCUUGAUGUAACAUAUGAAGUAAUCCAUUCUUCAGAUAUCAGAAGCAGGCUUGACUUGACUUUGAAGGAUAUUGAGACCAUGGUUGUGGUGACUACCUUCUCUCUGUCCUGCAGCUUCCCUAUAAAGAUGAUUGAAUGCUUCUCCAAUGGAACUAUGGCAGCACUUGCUGUGAAAGUGGAAUCUGUCCCUAGCUUGCUUCCAAAUCUACUAACUCUAAGGGAUCCAAGAUGCAGACCUCUUUAUUCUGAUGCUUUCAAUGCAGUCUUCUACUUCAAUGUCAACUCUUGUGGAACAACUAGACGGUUUGAUAACAAUUUCAUGAUUUAUGAAAAUGAAGUGCUGUUCUCUAUUCCUGGUAAUAGUUACCAGCUUGCAAUUGCGUGUCACUUUCAGAUAAAUGACACCCAAGUCAUUCAAUUCAUGGACCAGGAUAAUAUUCAGCAUGACAUCCAGCCUGGCUUUGGCAACCUUGAGGUCAUAAUGCGUCUUGCCUUGGAUUCAUCCUACAGUGUCUUCUAUGAGUCUCAAGAUUAUCCUCUAGUGAAGUACUUGAGAACACCCUUGUAUUUUGAGGUAGAACUCCUGUACAGCCAAGAUCCACAAGUUGACUUGGUUCUUGAAAACUGUUGGGCAACCUAUUCAGCUGACCGAGACAGCCUCCCACAGUGGGAUGUUGUUGUAGAGAGUUGUGAGUACACUGCUGACACUUACAAGACUGUCUUUCAUCCAGUCUCUUCCAAUGGGAGAGUAAAGUUUCCUUCUCAUUUCAAAAGAUUUGAAGUGAAGAUGUUUUCCUUCGCGGAAGACCAGGAAGCCCUAAAAGGGGAGAUUUACUUCCACUGUGGUGUUGUGAUGUGUGAUGCAAACCAGAUAUCGGACAGCCUCUGCAAUAAAGAAUGUGUUUCUACCAAACGAAGGAUUGGUAAGGCAGCUUUUAACUAA